AUGAGUGGAGUGUAUCCAGAGCUACAUUCCUUGCCGGAUGAGUGUUGGCUUCCUUCUACUCUAACAACACUUUCCAUCAGAGGCAUGCAUAACCUCACUUCUCUCUCUAAGGGUAUCCACAACCUGUCCUCUCUUGAUGAACUGUAUAUCGGAGAUUGCCCUAAUCUUCGUUCCUUGCCUGACCAAAGGACACUCGACACACUCUCAAGGCUAACCAUCACAAAGUGUCCACUUCUUGAACAACAACGUUUGAAGGAUAAAGGAGCAAAUUGGCCCAAGAUCGCUGACAUCCCCGAGAUUGAUAUAUCUCAACAGAGUUGA